AUGGAGAUGCAGUCUAUGCUUAAUACGGAUGAUGAGGACGUUGCAGUUCUGCACGUGAAAUUUAAAUGGCGAACGUCACCUGACCAUGUCCUCAUGCGAGUACCAGUUUGCAAAACUGCAAGACAGGCUUCUGGAUGGCUCCGGAGAUGUAACUGCAAGAAGUUGCCCCUGGAUGAACGUCGAAGGAUGACAGAUUCCCCAGCGGAAUUCGUUCGAAAAGGUGCUCAUUUAAGCAGUGUCGAGAAGCGAAGAAAACGCACCACGAAAACUGGAACAGCCAAACGUCGACGGACCCAACCAUUGUCUCCUUCGAAAGGAACUGAUCAGCAGACUGGCCGAAUAACAAAUGCAUCCGAUGAUGAUUUUUCGAGAUCGUCGAUAGAUGAUAUGCCAAGACUGCAACCGGCUGACACCACAGACUUUAUAUCAAACGGAAGGAGUCACAUGGAGGAGAGGAGGCCACAAUGUAGUAGUUCGGAUGAGAUGCCAAGUACCACUUUCAAUGGUUUGGCAAAUAGUGAUGCGUCACCUCAACGUCCACUUCGUCUUGACAGCGACGCUAUGGAGUGGGACGAGAGACAACUGAUACGAUUCCUUCGAACUACCUUCCCGGACUUGACCGAUGUAACGAAUGUUCUGCAGAGAGAGCACAUCGAUGGAGCUCAUUUACUGACAAUGUCACAGCAGGACUGCAUCGAUUCACUAGGUCUUAAUUUGGGACCAGCCCUUCGAUUGUAUGAAGUCAUACAGGCAAGUCAUGUUUACAUCAUCAUUAUUCGAUGA